AUGAAGGAAAAGUCCAAGAAUGCGGCGAAGACGAGACGAGAGAAAGAAAAUGGAGAAUUUUAUGAACUGGCGAAAUUACUGCCUUUACCUUCGGCCAUCACCUCACAACUGGAUAAGGCUUCAAUCAUUCGGCUGACAACCAGUUACUUGAAGAUGAGAGCCGUGUUUCCGGAUGGGCUGGGGGAGGCCUGGGGCCAGCCUACCAGAAUCAGCCCUCUGGACAACAUGGCAAAAGAACUGGGCUCCCAUCUACUGCAGACUCUGGACGGCUUCGUAUUCGUUGUCGCUUCAGACGGCAAAAUCAUGUACAUCUCUGAGACUGCAUCAGUCCACCUCGGCCUAUCCCAGGUGGAGCUGACGGGCAACAGUAUAUUUGAGUACAUCCACCAAUCAGACCAUGAUGAGAUGACGGCCGUUCUCAGCGCCCAUCAGCCCCUCCACCAUCACUUCCUGCAAGAGUACGAAAUUGAGCGCUCUUUUUUCCUGAGGAUGAAGUGUGUAUUGGCCAAGCGUAAUGCAGGACUGACGUGUGGAGGAUAUAAGGUGAUCCACUGCAGUGGAUAUUUGAAGAUCCGUCAGUACGUGAUGGACAUGGCGCUGUUUGACUCGUGUUAUCAGAUCGUGGGUCUGGUGGCGGUGGGCCACUCCCUGCCUCCCAGUGGUAUCACAGAGAUCAAGCUCCAUAGUAACAUGUUCAUGUUCAGGGCCAGCCUGGACCUCAAGCUCAUUUUCCUGGACUCCAGGGUGGCUGAGUUGACGGGACACGAACCCCAGGACCUGAUCGAGAAGACACUGUACCACCAUGUGCACGGCUGUGACGCAUUCCAUCUACGCUUCGCUCACCACCUCUUGUUGGUGAAAGGGCAGGUCACCACUAAGUACUACCGUAUGUUGUCCAAGCACGGGGGCUGGGUGUGGGUGCAGAGCUACGCCACCAUCGUCCACAACAGCCGCUCCUCCAGACCCCACUGCAUCGUCAGCGUCAACUAUGUUCUCACGGACGUAGAGUAUAAAGAUAUGCAGCUGUCUCAGGAGCAGAGUCGAGCGGCCAAAUCCAGCUUGGCCUUUAAGAGUGGCCCGGCCUCCUCUCAGGACCCCCGCAAACAACUUAAAGCCAAAGCAGUCAAGAUCAAGAGCAAACUCAAAACAGCCCCCUACCCUCAGCCCAACAUCACCUACCAUCCAGACAAGCUGGACUGCUCCCCCCAAGGAGAGGCCUGGAAGGAGAGCCCCCCCUACACCCUGACCCCCUGCCAGGGGCAGAGCUCUGGCCCCUCUGGAGGCCCAGAAGCUGGAGAGGUCCUGUGUAGCAUCAGCGCCCCGUAUGGCCUCUCCUUCCCCAACCCAUAUGGACACCUACCCCACACGGACUCCCAGAGGAGGUUGCGACCCACCCAGGGUUUCUCUACCACCUCGCCCUCCCCGGCUUCCCCCAGCCUGGCCGCCCGGCAGCUGCUCAGCUCCCUGCAGGAUCGAGGGGGCGAGGGGCGCUGGAGCUGUGCCAACGCCAAAACCCAUCCCGGUCAUGCCCUGAGGCCCUCUGUUGCAUCGUGUGCCAUCACCACUGCCACUGCAGCAGCGUAUUCCGGCUCUACAGCGAGCAGGGGGUACCCCCCCAGCGAACCCCUCCAUGGCGUCCUCUCCAGCUGCGCGACCCUGCGCCCUAUCAGCAGGUACAAGGAAGAGCCCUACGAGCAUCACACGCUUGGCCAGAGGAAGACCACAGAGGACCGCCUGCCCUCCCAGUCACAGGCCACAAAACAGGACAGCAAGCUGCCGUUCAAUCGAGACCACCUCCACAAGGGCUCAGAGGGAGGUGGUUGCAUAGUAGGGGAGAAGCCUUUGUCCUGUCCUCUGCUGAGUAGCUCUGUGCUGGAGAAGGCGAGCUAUAAGCAGUCCGGGUCCCUCCACAGCCUGGGCCAGCCCUUCCCCAUGCAGGUGGUGCUAGAGCAGCGCAGGAGGCUGUGUAUGAUGGAGUCCCCCUACAGCCACAGUGCCACUGGCCCCUUGGAGCACACGGACAGCAAUUGGGAGCGGAGGACCCCCAAGCUGCUGGAGCCUGAAGCGGGGGAGAGGAGGAUGUGGAUGGGGGUUGGAGUUGAAGUUGGGGUUGGGAUGGGGGUGGGAGUUGAAGUUGGGGUUGGGAUGGGGGUGGGAGUUGGGGCAGGCCUGCCGGCCCAGGCUCCGUACAUGUCUUUGAACCUCCACCACGUCUUGGCCAAACACAGCUCCUUCCAGGCCCCGCCCUACGCUGCCCUCGGCCAUUUGUCGGACAGCUACGGUUACCGUGGUGAUGAAAUGGGUUCUUAUGGCUACAAGAGCCAAAGCCCCGCCUCUGGCUCCUCCCCUGAGACCCACAGGGAGAUCCCUCAUUACAUCGGCACGUCCGUCAUCAUCACCAACGAGAGGUGA